AUGUGUCUUCGAUCUCUGCGGAGAAUUCCAAAUUGGAGGAUUCCAAAUUGGUGGUCUAGGUCUCUUGUCCCGCUGGCGUUAGCUUCUGCCUCAGCUACUUCUCUCGCGCAUCUGAACCAGUCAUCGUAUCCUUCUAUCAGCCAAUCAUCGGCGUUAGAUAACUUGACAACAGACUAUGAUGAGAGGCACUUCCAUGGGAAGCCGCAGAACAGUUUUCAUAAGUCAGUAAAUAUUUGUGAUGUUGUUGUUUUCCCGAGGUCCGAAGAAGAAGUCUCCAAGAUUCUUAAAUCCUGCAACCAAUAUAAGGUUCCUAUUGUACCAUAUGGUGGUGCAACAUCGAUUGAGGGUCACACCUUGGCUCCAAAAGGAGAUGUAUGCAUUGACAUGUCAUUAAAGAAGAGGGUGAAAGCAUUACAUGUGGAAGAUAUGGACGUUUUAGUUGAGCCUGGAAUUGGUUGGCAAGAGCUAAAUGAACAGGUUGAACAAUACGGACUAUUCUUUCCUCUUGAUCCAGACAGGAACACAAAGGGAAUGCCGUGUCUGACUAUUGGCGACAGCAGAAUUGGACAAAACACAGAAACUCAUAAAGCGUUGAUCACCAUUCGCAACGGGAGCAGAAAAAUGAUUCUCCUUGGGCAUCUCGAGAUCAUACAGCUUACGAAACCAAGAACUGGUCCACUCUUCGUCGAAAUUUACUGCAUGAAACCACUAUUGUCGCUUCUUCUCUUUCCAACUUCGGUGUAA